GAUGGAUACAUUUGUGUAAUGCUAUGUGAGUAUGUAAAGGAUCUUCACAAUUUGUAUUUGUUCGCCCAUAACCUAUAUUUUUCAUUUUAUAACGGCCACCACACACAUUAUAAUCAUAAUCAAAAUCGGACACCUGUUCGCAAGAUUUUCGAUGCUGUUUUUUGUUUUGUUUUUUUGUUGUAAUUAGUUAGUUUUGUUUUGCAUAAUAUUUUUAGAUGUUUGAAUUAUGAAAAUGUUUGCAUCAUCAUUUGGUCGUUAUUCACAUGCAAUUGUUGCCCGUGUUCCGGAUAAUUUUUGUGAAACACCCUCAAGUCUUCAACAAGCACGACAAGAACAUGAACAUUUUACUAAAUUAUUACGUUCAUUAGGUUUGGAUGUUAUUGAAUUACCUGCCGAUCCACAAUUACCGCAUAGUGUUUAUGUUGAAGAUACUGCAUUCACUGUUAAUGGUACGGCAUUGAUUUGUCGUCCCGGUCAUCCUUCACGAAUCAAAGAGGUCGAUACUAUACGAUCAAUUCUAAGUAAAGAGCUUAAUCUACCGAUGAUCGAAAUAACCGAUCCCAAAGCCAAAUUAGAUGGUGGUGAUAUUCUAUUCACUGGUCGUGAAAUAUUUGUCGGUGUUUCACAACGUACUAAUCUUAGUGGUGCAUUGGCAGUUGCAUCAGCAUUUCCUGAAUUCUAUGUAACACCAAUCAAUGUUCCACGUAAAGUUCUUCAUUUAAAAUCCUGUGUAUCAAUGGCUGGUCCAGAUAUUCUUGCGGUUAGUUCUACGCUAGAAGCACAGGAAAUUUUACGUCGUAUUGCUUCUGAAGCAUCAUUUCCAUAUACAACAAUUACUGUCAAUGAUAAUGAAUCUGCCAACGUUCUUUAUAUAAAUGGAACAUUAAUUCAUCGUUCAGAAUUUCCACAAAGUGUUGCAAUAUUUGAAAAUAAAGUCGAUUAUAAACGUACCGAAACAUCAGUAUUUGAAUUAUGUAAAUCACAAGGUACAUUAAGUUCAUUAUGUAUUUUGGUUAAAAAAAGUCGUCCCCAUCAUACAGUUGUUUGAUUCGAGAUUCAAUCAAUCGAUAAUAUUCGCAACAACAAAUCGCAUUUCCAAAUUCAAUUUUCAAUUUCCAAAAAUGAAAAACAAAUCAAGU